AUGGAUCCCAUGGGCAUUUGGCUUCACCCCUCGUCCAGAUGCAAGCAAGGUUUUUGGGUUCAAGCUUCUCUUAGCACUGUUUAUGUUCAUCAGCUUCUUUGGCGGUAUCCCAAGGAAAAGGCUCUCUUUUCUAGCUAUAUUGCCCUCUUGAGUCGGUGGCAUCUGAUUGAUGAUGUGACGGUCCAGCUUCCUUCUGGAAGGAAGCCUGGAAAUCCGUGUAGCCUGAAUGCACCCACUUCCCAGACCAUUUUCCUUCUGAGUCCUGGCCAUGAUGAUGAUGUGCCCUCUGCCCCAAACCUUCACCACCCUAUUGUCUGUGUCCAUGACAAGCAGUACAAGAAGGCCCACCUGGGCACGGCGCUGAAGGCCAACCCUUUCGGAGGCGCAUCCCAUGCGAAGGGGAUUGUGCUGGAAAAAGUGGGGGUUGAAGCCAAACAGCCCAAUUCUGCUGUCAGGAAGUGUGUCAGGGUCCAGCUGAUCAAGAACGGCAGAAAAAUCACAGCCUUUGUACCCAAUGAUGGUUGUUUGAAUUUUAUUGAGGAAAACGAUGAAGUUCUGGUUGCUGGAUUUGGUCGCAAAGGUCAUGCUGUUGGUGACAUUCCUGGAGUUUGCUUUAAGGUUGUCAAAGUAGCCAAUGUGUCUCUUUUGGCCUUAUACAAAGGCAAGAAGGAAAGACCAAUCUUGGUCUUCUACCAAGUUGAGGUGAAAAGGGAAAAUGGAAAGGGAUUUCUAAAAUAUCUAAGAAUAUGUGAGAGUAAAAUCUGCCUUCCAAUUUUUAAGAGGCGUAAGAUAGAUAACUGGUACACUGGCAUACAAGCUCUAGAGUCUGCCCUGGAAUUGGAGAACCAGUUAACCAAGCUCCUGCUAGACCUGAGGACCACAGCUACUGCCAACAAUGAAUAUGAUGUCUUAUGCUUCAUGGGAAAGCACCUGGAUGAGCAGGAGGAUAACACAAACCACCUGUAG